GUCAAUAUACUUCUCAAAAUUGGCCUAUCGGUCGUUGUUAUUCUUGCAGUUCUCUUUCAGGUUUAUCUAAAAGAGGCAGUAUGGCUUGGCCUCGGCAUUGGAAAGGUCAUGCAACCAAUUAGUGACUUCCCUUAUGCGUGCCGCAAGAUUGUCGAUCCACGCAUGGAAGCGUGUGAGGAUAUUGUUGGUGCGCUCAACAUCUCGGGUCGUUCGCAGCGUGACUCUAUCGUGGCUCUGGACAUUGACAAGCCCGUUGGCACCAGCUUUGAGCCUCGUACUCUCAAGACAGAAGGGUUCGCAGGUACUUCUGGUGAUGGAAUCAUCAACAUCGCUGGCUUCACAGGCAUCGAUAAUUCGGAUGGGAGCAUUGACUUGUUGGUGACCAAUAUGCGACCAUCGGUUGAUGCUGAGAGCGGAAACUACCUGGACCAGUUUGUUCAUGGGGCUAACACGACGGUUGAACAUUUUACUACUGGUGCUGGACCAAAUGAGCUGAAGCAUGUUCGUACUUUUGCUGAUGCAGGUAUCACUACGCCGAAUCGAGUUGCUGUUAUGGACGACAAGACAUUUUACGUCGCCAACGACCAUGGUCCUCACAUGAUGGGCUGGGUAAGUCAUUGA